AUAAGAUCAGGGAUGGCGGCCAUGUUUAAACAAUAUGGAUGCUGCUUCGUGUCCAAGCACCCCGGCCUAUAGAAAAACGUCAGGAAAAUGGUUUGGUUCGGGAACGUAUGCGUGUAAAAUUUUCGGGGAACUCGAAACACUUGAUUUUAGCUGGUCUUACUGCUGGUGCAGCUAGAGAGGCAAGGUUUUCCCUUUUGGAAGAAGACUGACCCCAGAAGACCUACACAAUUACCCUUAAUAGCUUUAACAGACUUGAUGCACGGAUUUUUAUUUGGUUGGCAUGAGCUGAGUCUGCACAACAGAGUGCCACAUACGUGCACAGCAGAAAUAACUUUCCACUUUGGAAGAUGAAUAUAAAUGAGUGCCCCAGCAUCAGUAGUUCAGACUCAGAGAGUGAUGUGGAAGGUGAUUCUGUGAUUCAGAGUGCAUUCUCAGGAACAGAGCUAACUCUUCAGGAUGAUGAUGAGUCACCAUUGCUCAUGCAACAGCGCCCUGAGGAUGAGGAUGAGGAAGAAGAUGAGCAAGUCAUCCUGUAUGAGGAUGAGGGAGAGGGAGAAGGUGCAGAAGAACCUGUUGCAGAGCCUGUGCGAGAAUUCCCUACAAAAACAGGUGGUGAUAAAAAGAAGAAGAAAAGGAAGAGAAAGAAACUGUAUAUCUGCUUAACUAACUGCAAAUAUGAUGUUGUGAGACGCACAUCGCGCAAGUUUGGUUUCAAGGAAGUAUCAGAGGAUGAUGAGUGGACCCUCUACUGGACAGACUUCUCAGUGGCAUUGGAUCGAGUUAUGGAAAUGAGAAACUACCAGGGCAAGAAAAAGAAAAUCAACCAUUUCCCAGGGAUGAGUGAGCUCUGCCGUAAGGACCUUCUGGCAAGGAAUUUAAACCGUAUGGUGAAAGUAUUUCCAAAAGAGUACAAUAUCUUUCCUAAAACAUGGUGCUUGCCUGCAGAUUAUGGUGACUUUCAGGCUUACACACGGCAGAAGAAGAACAAGACAUACAUUCUUAAGCCUGAAUCAGGAUGUCAAGGGCGUGGCAUCUGGAUUACUCGCAGUCCAAAAGAUAUCAAACCCCAUGAGCACAUGAUUUGUCAAGUGUACACCAGUAGACCAUACUUGAUAGAUGGCUUCAAAUUCGACCUCCGUGUCUAUACAUUAGUGACUUCGUGUGACCCUCUUCGCAUCUUUGUUUUCAAAGAUGGCUUGGCAAGAUUUGCAACCAGCAAAUACUGUGAACCAACUCAUAACAACGCAGAUAAUGUAUACAUGCAUCUUACAAACUAUGCCAUCAACAAAAACAGCGAGGACUUUGUACGGGAUGACGAAGCUGGAAGUAAACGGCGGAUCACCACCAUUAACCGCUACUUACAGGGAAAAGGCAUUGAUGUGGAAAAAAUAUGGGCAGAUAUUGAUGAUGUCAUCAUCAAGACACUAAUAUCAGCUCACUCAACACUGAAGCACAACUACCGCAGUUGUUUUCCCAACCAUGUCAAAGGGAGUGCCUGCUUUGAAAUACUUGGCUUUGACAUCUUGUUAGACAGACAUUUGCGACCAUAUGUCAUUGAGGUCAAUCACUCCCCAAGUUUUACGACUGAUGCAGCAAUUGAUCGUGAAAUCAAAGGUGCACUCAUCUGGGACACACUUAACUUAGUUAAUUUUGCUGCGUCUGAUCGUAAGCGCUGCCUAGAAGAAGAGAAGAGAAGAAUAAAAGAUCGACUGCUUGGAAAAACUGUCAAGAAAGAAACCAAGGAGGAACUGGAGAUUGCUCAACAGCGGUAUCUUGAACAUCUGGAGAAAUAUGAAAACAGUCACAUGGGAAAUUUCCGCCGCAUCUUUCCUGCUCCAGGCUGUGAGAAGUACAACAAAUACUUCCAUACCAGUGGCACACUCUUCCAGGAGACAGCAUCAUUCAGAGCUCGCUCAGAGCUCGCCAGGCAACAGCGGGAGGAGAUUUCACGCAAGAAGGAGAAGAUAGAAAUGAUGCAAAAGGGGAAGAAACGAGUAGAAGCGUUACGGCCUGAAAGUCCCUUGGGACGCCGCCGCUCUGUUCACAACAAUCAUGCCAAGUUAAAUCCACGUACUUCAGGCCCAUCAUCGCAAACUGAAAGCAGCAAGUCAGUUGGUGAGAAGACUACUAACACUGGGCUGCCUAUGGACAUACUGGAGGAAGAGGAGCUUGAGCGGAUCAGUGGACUGCUACAGCGAGACAACUUGGUGAGGGGUCUAGGCAUUGUGGAACAUGUCUAUCGUCUGCUGCACUGUACACCCGGCACUGCUGGUGUUCUUCAAGCUGAGCCCAAGCCACAGCCUUUGUCUCUUGGAGGGCUUAACGUCUGGCCUCGAGUGCCCGGAAUGCAGUCGGAUUCAUGUCUGUUCACAUCGGGGCGAAGGAAUAUAUCACCCAUCCAUAUUAAGGCCAAAGACAGGUCCUACUACAAGAAACUGUUGGAUCGUUACUUUGGAAUGGAUCAUGCUCUUGCGAAACUGGGAGAUAGUGACAAAUGCAGCAACUAUGAGGAACAUCAGCAGACUGUAGAAAAGGCAGCUGGUAUCAGCAGCAGUAGUUUCUGUUCUCCAAAAUGCUUAUACCAGGCUUUUCCACAAGUGCGUUUGACCCACAGCAAGCAGAGGAAUGGUGCUGCACAUCUUAAUGCAAGCAACACCUCACAGACUGUGACAGACAUCAGCAAUGAGGAGGCCAGCAGUGAUACCAGCGGAGAGCCGGGCCCCAUUGGGCAGCGCUGGCAAGUGAAGAGCCAAAGCCUGAACAGUAUCCAUGACCGCAUCCCGCAAGCCCACUUGAGAAGUAAGCUUGGCCGCAAGGGAGCACCUGGAGGUGGUGGGAGGAUGGGGAUGGUUGUACAGGAGUCGGAAAUUCACUCCGUUCCAGGCAUGUUUGAUGCUGAGACUGAAAAAAGUCGCUUCCUUGCCAGGAGUGGACAUCCACUUUCCCAUCACCCCUUCAAUAGCCACAGCUGUGUGUCUGAGUGGGGACGAUCAGACACUUCAACACCUGCUCGUGUUCGAGGGCUGAGUGCCACCCGAUAUCGAGAAAGUGAUCUUGGAACAAGAUUUGUCAUCCAUCCACCAGGUUUAUCAGUGGUAUCAGCACCAGCUCCAGUUUUCCAACGGCCUGACAUUGGGUCACCUCACACCGGAUGGCCAAAUCACCAUCCUUUUCGUGUAUCCAGUCCCACCAAUGCCAUCCCGUCCCAUCGGUCAACAAGGUCUCAGCGGGUCAGGGGAGUCACAAAUUCAGUGAGACUUCGAGAACUUGAGAUGCGAGAAAACCAGGCAUAUGUUCUUAGCUGACGUUUAGGAAUGUUUGGUGCUGGCUCGAUCUUGAAAAACUGAAGAAAAUAACAUUGUUUUUAUUUCUAAAUGUAUUAUACCAAGGACACUGAUCUCUUGACAUAUAUAAGCCUGAGAUUAAAAAUACAUUUGUGCCAGAUACUUUGGCAACCAGAAAUAAAAUAAAAAGUGCCUUUCUUGUCCAAAUUGUUUUUCUUGCUAUAACUGUUCCUAAGUGCAGCACUAAUAGCUUAAGCACAAUAUCUACCAGGCAUAUCAGCAUUAUUUAGAAGUGCCAGCAGCUACAACCAUGAUAUCUAAGGGAUUGUCCUUUUUUUAACCAAAACAAAAAAGUUUCAUCUUUUGCAUUAACAGUAAAACAAAACAAAAAUGCAGUCAUCAGCGAAGAUUUUUCCUAACUUUGGGAUGGUCAUCUUUUGUUAAGAUGAUGGUAUGACUUUAUCAGGCUUACAACUUAAUUAGUGCUGGUCAAGAAAAGUUUUUUUCUGCUGUGUUACCAGUUCAAUCUUGAUGCAGCUUUUGUGAUUUAUUUUUAGCUGCAAGCCAUUUUAAUUCUUGCAAAUGAACUACAUUGAAGGUAUGAGGAGCACAUUCUAUUUCAAUUUUCAAUGCCAGUAUUAAGAGUUCACUUGUAAGUUUUGGAAAUGAACGUGGUGAAGAUUUUUUACCCCCUACCUUUCCCCAAAUUAGCAUUGAAAUUUGCGACUGUGAUAUGAUGUGAUAUAUAUAUAUCAACCUGUGAUGUGUGAACAAAGAUGCAGAGCUUGUGUUUCAGAUUGUAUUUUAUUUUGCUGAAACUUGGUACAUUUUAUGUAAUUUUUUUUAUUAUUAAUCAUGUUUGUUGAUUUUCACUUCUUUGUCCAAGUUUUCUUAAUCCCAGACAUAUUAGGUUUUGAUAAAGGUAGGAUCUGAUAUUUUAUACACUUUGAGACAGAACAUUAUCGUAUACUCAAUAUAAACUGGUGAUCAAUAAAAUACAAUUAUCAGACUUUAAAGGUGACAACUUUUAAGACAGACACAAGUUUUGAAUGCUACCAUCUGAUAUUGAAAGCAGCUAAAACAGAAAAUGUCCACAAACUGAAGUUUUUUUUAAUUUUUGAGGAAACAUAUCAAAGUUAGACCCAUUAAUUGGACUUAUGAAAAAAGCUGAGAUUACUUUCUGUGGAUUCUGAUAAAAAUUGAGGAACUUGAAAAUACUUUAAACUGCUGCACAGCAAAGCUUUUGCCUUUAAUAUGCUUUCUUUCAGGUGUUAUCUGACAAUUUUUGAACAUGUGAAUCUGCUAAUUGGCAUUGAAUAAUAGCGAGGAUAAUAGCCUUGGGUGUGCUAAGAAUAAUACGUGCAACAUCAGGAAAGGGUGAGUGGUGUUUGCGAUGUGUGAGAGGAUGCCUACAGGAGAGUCAGACUACUGAUGUGUUAGAGGAUGUCUACAGAAUAGUCAGACUACUGAUAAAGAGGGCUAGCUCAGCUACAAAGUUAUCUCGAAAACCUCUUUCAGCAUAUAUUUAGUUUCAAACAUAUAUCAAGCAAUUUUUUUUUUUUUAACCACGCAUGGUACCACUUGAAUGUUUUUGGUAAAUAUUUCCCAACUUCAUAUUAAAUGUUGAAAAUGAUCGAGAAAGUCCAAUUACAUCUUUUUUUUCUUUCCUUCAGGAAAAUUGUCUAAAGAUGAUUGAGUGAUAAAAUCUUUAUGAUAAAUAUUGCAUACAAACUUACCAAGGACAACCAUGCAUGACAAGCACUUGUGUAGGCAAUCACAAAUAUUUCAUUUACAUAUAAACUUGUACCAACAGUUCCACUGAUAUAUUGCACCAGCAUAAUUACUUGUGUCAAACACUCAUACACUUGUAAAAAUAUAAAUAAUAUCAUAUGCAUGCUUGUAACAUGCACUUUCAUAUGAAACUUAAAUUUUCAGUUACUUUGGCAGCAGGGUUUUUUCCAAAAAACUAUGAAGUUUCACACAAAGUUUGUCAAGUUUCUGUGUAGAAGUAAGUCAAUACUUUGUACAUAUAUAUAUUACAAAUAUAAUUUAAAGUAUUCUGUGAUGUCUGUGACAAUAGUCUUCUAAUGUGUGCCUGUUUUAAUAAAAUUUGUGAUACCAGAAACUAUACACACAAUAAUACACCUGUGGUAAAUUUUAAAAGCAGUAUUUUGCUUGUGAUAUAUAGUUCUUCAAUUAUUUAUCACUUCAUGAUACCUAUGGCAUGUGUACAAUAUGCUGUUUAAUGUAUUUAAAAUAUAUUGCUGUUUUAUAAUAACUUCUGAUGUAACUAUCUUAACAGGUAAUAUAUUAGAUCUAUGUAUGUUUUCAUACUGAAAAUGUCAUGUUUUUACUUAUUUAUAUUGAUGCUGUGUGCCUCUGUUUCACACUGUCAGUACCUUGUUUCACCACAAAGUACCAAAAUAUUUGCCAGAAAUCUGUCGCACAGGUUGAAGCAUUAUCAACCUUAAUUUAAUCUAAACUGUUUCCAAUGAGCUAUUUUGCUAUUAGUCAAGUAAGUCAUCAUGGCUUGUAUGAAAAUACAGCAUUACCCAAAUUUGCAUGUUCUGGAUGUCAGGGCAGUAUUGUAUAACAGAUGCAUGCUAAAUGUCAACCACAAGUGACAUUCCAGUCCUGUUAAUGUGACAAUAAACAGACUAUAGUUUUUAGUAUUAGUUUGAUGGUUUUGAGAACUAUGUGUUUUAUUGUUCUUGGCUGUAACUGGAGACAAGAUGGUUGCCAAGGGAGCGCUUAAUGAAGAAUAUUUGUCCAUCUUUUAAGAGUGCCUAUUUUUUUUAAAAGUGACUUCUGGUAAUUAAUUUUCCCUUUAUAUAAUGUGUCUAUGGUGAAUAAUUAAAAAAUUUUAAUGUCUGAAGGUUGUAAUUUACAUGAAAACAGCAUGCAAUUUAGAUAAUAAACUUUUGAGUGCUUUCC